CUCUUUGAUCCAAGACUACUUAAAAACCGUGCAGGCCAGGAAUUUGAUGGUGCCCCAUCAAGCAAAAAGGCUCAAUUUGUAUCCCCAGGGCAUGCAGCGGCUGCAUGGGAGCAACCGAACACGCCUCUGGCUCUGGCACCGGCGACGUCCACUUGCGGACGGCUCCGUCGUGAUCCCCCGCCAGGCACCGCACCGCUGGUUCUGUCUGGUGGACGAAACAGGGUCAGGUGUGAUCUGAUACUCGUUCGACCCACGCGGCCCGACCUCCCGACGCGCGGGUCCCACCCCUACUACCUCUACCCCGCUCGCACGCACGGCACCACCGGUCGCGGCCGUAGUUUGCCCCCCGUAACAAAGCGCGACGCAGACUCCACCUCCCUCGCUUUCUCUAUCUCCCCUCGCCUCCCACCCUUCCCGUAUCUUGCUUCUCUCCUCCGCCGCCUCGCCGGCGACCCGGCAGGACCUCCCCUCAGAGCCGCCCGUGCCGCCCGUGCGUGUCCCUGUGCCGGACCGCGCGGACGACGGGCGACCGCGCGCCACGACCAUGGCGGCCACCGCGGAUCCGAGGGCGAAGACGCCGCCGGCCACGCUGCCGCACCACCUGAAGCCGUGGGCGCCACCGCCGCCGCCUCGUGACCGCUGCGUGCCUUCCCUGUCGUCCGUCUCCGGAGGUGCCGGAGCCAUCCGCGAUCGGCGCCGCUCCUCGACGUCCCACCGACGCGGUGGCGCCGACGCCGUAGACGAGGGACCUUACGCCGCCAGGCUGGAGCAUCUCCGGGCUAAGCUCAUGGGCCACCUCCAUGACGCCGCCGGCAGCCUUUGCCUCCCUCCGGCGAUGCCCCAGCGGUCGCCGGAGGCCGAGCCUCAGGCUGCGCCGCUUCCUCCGCCACCGCAGGAGGCCGCCGCGGUUGUGGCCGCCAGCAUGCCGUGGACGCUCAGGGAGCGAAAGCGUCGUCCCUCAGCCCGCGGCAGCAUGGGCGCCGCAUCGCCCGCGAUGCCGUGGUCGACGACAGCGGCGGCUACGGCGCGGCACGACGGCAUGCGCGCUCCGUUCGCCGUGGCGCUGGACGAGGAGGAGAUCGAGGAGGACGUGUACGCCCUGACCGGCGCCCGGCCGCGGCGGCGGCCCCGGAAGCGGGCGCGGGUCGUGCAGCGGCAGCUCGAUUCGCUGUUCCCGGGGCUAUGGCUGACCGAGAUCACCGCCGACGCCUACCGUGUCCCCGAUGGCCAGUAAGUAAGCAAGCAAGCAACCCGCUACCAUAUCCGGCCGGCCAGCUCUACCGUUCUCCUCUGCCCACGGUUCGGGCUGGGGGUCACCAUUCUCCACCAACAACAGCAAAUUGGAGUACUAGUAAACUAGGUUUAGCUGAGUUGACAGGUACUGUACUCGCGACGUCGCGUCUUUUAACAUUGAUUUUCUGCUUUCGAAUCUAAGCAGCGCUGCUUUACUCUCUCUCUCGCUCACUCGGUUUCUCUCUCAUGUAUACGUAUAGUUGUAGGGUCUGUGGUCGUGUGUUGUAAUCCACUCCUAAUCCAUCUAGGUUGCCAUGCGUCGAAUAAUCUGCUAUCGCACGUAUACUCGAUCUCUCUCCGCUGGUCGAGUUGCAUGGUCUCGUCAUCAACCACAGUGCAGCAAGAGCUGCGUCUUUUCCCA